CGCCCCCCGGGGCAUCUUCAGCUCCGGCCAGCGCUCGCCGUGGAGUGCGGGGCGCGCGGCUGUGGGCACUGAGCUGCGGGCGCGGGAGGUAACCUGGAGCUCUCAACAUGUUUGCCAAGGCAACCAAGAAUUUCCUCAAAGAAGUUGAUGACGGAGGAAACCUUAUCGCAGUGUCAAGCCUGAAUGACUCCGAUAAGCUACAGCUUCUAAGUCUGGUGGUCAAAAAGAACAGGUUCUGGUGCUGGCAGAGACCCAAGUACCAGUUUUUAUCCGUCACCCUAGGAGAUGUGCUAACAGAAGGCCAAUGUCUGAGUCCAGUGGUCGUGGAGUCGGACUUUGUGAAGUACGAGGGCAAGUCUGAGAACCACGUGAGUGGGAACGUCGAGACGGCCCUGGGGAGGGUGACGCUGAACGCCGGCGGCAAAGGCCUGGUGGAGAGUCAGUCUUCGUUUGGGACCCUGAGGAAGCAGGAGGCGGACCUGCAGCAGCUCCUCAGAGACGCUGCAGAGAGAACGAUAAAUCUGAAGAGCCCUCUCCUGCAGCAAGUGUUGGAGAGGAGGAACGAGGUCCUGUGUGUCCUGACGGAGAAGAUAGUGACGACGCAGAAGUGUGUGGUGUCUGAGCACGUCCAGGUCGAGGAGAAGUUCGGCGGCAUGGUGGGGAUCCCGACCAAGACCGUGCAGGUGUCAGCCGUGGAAGACGGGACCGUCACCAAGGACACCAACGUGGUGCUGGAGAUCCCGGCUUCCACCACCAUCGCCUACAGUGUCCUCGAGCUGUUCGUGAAGCUGGACGGCCAGUUCGAAUUCUGCCUCCUACAGGGGAAGCACGGCGGCUUCGAGCACGGGAGGAGCGACUUCGUCUUCCUGGAACCCCUGCCCCUUAUAGAGUUUGCCUUUAGGGACAUGCCGGAUGCUGGGCGGGAGCCUUCUGCCCCUGAUGAACCACUGCAUGUUUUAAAACAAGUGACGCUGCCCUUGGAGAGGGCGUUCCGCCCCUUCGGACAGCUGCCGGAGCCGGAGCAGACGGCACUGAGCGGCGUCCUGCAGGUGGUCCUGUUGGAUGAGGAGCUGCUCGUGGUCCUGGAACAAGUGUGUGACGACGUGGUCGGCGGCCUGCCACUCCCACUGGCGGUACUUGGGGAGCUGAAGCCCCCACAGCGGCAGAACCUCACGGCCUUCCUGCAGCUGGUGGGGUGCAGCGUACAGGGCGAGUGUCCAGGCCCGCAGGGUGUGGUCCGCAACCAGAAGCUCUUUUCCACGGCCUACUUCUUGGUCAGUGCGCUAGCAGAAAUGCCAGAUAAUGCAGCAGCCCUGCUGGGCACCUGCUGCAAACUCCAGAUUAUUCCUACGCUGUGCCACUUGCUCCGCGCACUGUCUACCGGGGGAGACCCUGAUCUUGACGACACGGCCCUGGCCCCUCUGAGAGACGCGGAACGGUUCCAGAUCGCGCAGCGCCUGCUCGCCACGGCCGACGUCGCCCUGGAGAGACGACAGUCCUCUGUAAAAGCCAUCACCUGCCGAGUCCCUAACAUUUCCCCACUCGUUCUUUAUGUAAGCCUGAGUGGGCUCCAUGCUUUGGGCAGAGCACAUCAGUAACGUCACACGUGAAUCACGAGUACAUGUCAUCGGCCAAGGGUACUUUUCAGCAUCGCUGAGCUACUACUACUUUGGGGCUGAGGUCUGAGCCAUGCUAAGUGUUGAUCAAGGAAAUGAAUGUACAGAAGAGUUUAAGAAGUGGUGCCUGUGCAUUACGAGUCACCACGAGCUCAGCCACCAGAUGCUCUGUAAACAUUUUUCGUAAGAGGGCUUCCGGUGCUGGUGACCCAGAGAGCACGUUCCACUCCAGCACCCGGAGAGCUGGGAGAGGGCUCGCAAUCCUACACCAGCAUGCACUCAGACCCUCUUCUCUGCAGAAAGAUGGGUCCAUCUAUCACUUACAUUUCCCACUUUCUUCCUGUUAUAGCAAAAACAGAUGGGUCUGACACUUUGAUCCAAAAAUUCAUUUUAAGUUGUGAAUGCCGUGGGGAGGCAAUUUCUCUUCAUAGAAGGCUACGUUCUGGAUGUGCUGUAUACUCUGAAGUGACUCAAAAUGAACUGUGAAUGCCACUGGAGUACAUAUAUUCUGCUAAAUAAAAUUAUACUGGAAAAGUCUGCAAGCAGGCCACCCUUCCUUAGGGGUCCGGCACGAAGCAUUUUAUCUGACUUUUCCAUGCUUUGAUGAACAUGACCUAUUCCAGGUCAAGAACCAUGUGCUGAUUUUCCAUGCAUGCUGGGUGUUUAAUCUGUAAAAUACAUAUUACAUCAAAGGAAA